AUGAUGCUGUUAUGGCAAUGUAUGUGGAAUAGAAUCCACACUAAUGUUAGUAAAUAUAGUAUUUUGUAUCUUUACAUCAUAUUUUUUUUAUUCAAAUCCACACACAUUCGCUCUGCAAGUGUCACAGAUCCACUUAACACUUCUACUUCAGCGACUAGCCUGUUUAAUGUAGACAAUAAAACCCCUUCCUUCUCUGAUCGCAUAAUUUCCAAUUCAUUACAGUCACUUUUCCCGCCGCAGAGCCCCAAUGAUAAUAUUAGUUCAUCACCGUACUCAUCUAACGAAAAUUACAGCACCAAAUAUAGUUCUGAUGCAGCACAAAUCCCUACUAAAAACACUAAUAUUGGCGAAAACAACGAUAAAAAUAUAAUAGACGACCAAAAUAAUACAGGUAAUGAUAAUAUUCAAGCUGAAAGUGAAGAGGUUAUAAGGCCUAGGAGUGUUCUGCCUUCUGCUGACCUGUCGCCAUUAACUGAAUUUAGACGCUUUGCCAGAAGAACUGUGGAUGGAAGAUUAUGUGCCGCUGCUUUCAUUCAAGACGAUCAAACUUACACAGAUUGUACCAAUGCAACAGCUCCUGAUGGUUCUAAUGGAAUCGAAUGGUGCUACGUGGAAGUACAACUCAUCAACAAGGGUUCUUCACUAAAGGAUUGGGGUGAAUGUGAGCCUCCAACGGAUUACGACAGGAUUAGGGCGCUUAAUACGAGAAAAAUUCUAGAAAAAUUUGAAUUGGCGAAACAAAUGACUUCGGAACUCGAGCUACACACCAACAGGCUACAAAAACACAUCGCAAAAUUUAAAAAUUGGGAUUUAUCCUACCAAAACCUGUCCAAGACUAUGCAAAAACUUAGUGACAUAUCGUCAAAAUCGAACAAACAGCUAAAUCUGGUUAAGGAGACUGGAAAUAAAAUAACACUUGGAUUGAAAGAGAUCCAAAAAAUUGAUUGCCAAAUAGAACACGCCAUAGCUAGAAGUUCAUCUGACAAAUUUAACUGCAAAGUUGCAGCUCAUAGAAGUGAUGGUCAAAAUAAUGACAUAUAUAGCGACCAUGGCAUCAUGGGUACAUAUUAUCAGGGCCAAGGAUUCAACACAAAUCCAUUAUCCAUCAGAUUGGACAGGAACAUAAAUUUUCACUUUUUUGGACCACCUCUAGAAGGACUUUCCCCCUUUGUCUAUUCAAUCAAAUGGUCUGGUUAUAUCACUGCACCGCAUACCGGCUAUUUCACUUUAAAAUUAACAUCCAGUGGGCAUGCCAAGCUUAUUGUUGAGGAUAAGCUUCUAAUAGAGUUAGUGCCUGGUAUUUUAACGGGAGAGAUUAAGAAAUCACUGCUCUCAGAAGAGUGCGGAAUUGAUCUAAUUGGGGGAAAUAUUUAUUCAAUUGAAGUUGAUUUCGUUAGAGACCACCGCUAUCAUCUUUCACACUCCAACGAUUCCACAAUUACCUUGCACUGGAAAUCAAGAAAUAUACCUUAUCAGCCAAUCCCUCACAAAGCUUUUGUCACCAAGCCUCUAUCUAACAUUUUACAUUUGUCAAUAUCGGAUGGCAACAACUUCAAAAUAACAAUUGCUGAAAACGGCGUUAGCGCCUGUUUCAAAAGAAGUAAUGAGUGCAAUUACCGCGUGGUCGAUAUACCUCAGUCUCUUAUUGGUCACAAAUUAAUCCGUGUUAAUCAUUUACACAAACUUUCAUUUGCUUUAAAAGUCAAUAUACCCACAUUGCUAUAUGUAGCACACAAGGGACCAUUCCCAAUAACCUCUAGUUUGGAUGAUAGAAUUAAUACUAUGGGUUCCACUAAUGGCAUUCGUUAUUACAAUGAUAAGGAUCUACCUAUGAAAAUGAAUUUAACUGCUAUGUUAUUAUUACCAGGCAAGGAUCAUCAGUUGCACUUAACAAAUACACUAACUAACAAGGACAAUAUCCCAAGUGUUAUGAUUUGCAGACCUUUAUAUGGAUCUGAAUUCCAUCCACACAACAACGAUACUAUUUGUGGUCCCGAUGAGAUCCUAACAUUACCCGGAGGUAGAUUCUUCAACAAUUGCAAAUCUUCAUCAUAUGAGAAUGAUUUUGAUUGCGAGGCAUCGUUAUCCAAUAAACACACAGACAUCCCUUUUGGCAUGUGGCAUAGCAAACAAUCAUAUGGCGUGGGGGAAUACAUUGAGAUUUACUUUAAAAAGAUCGUUCAAAUUCGCAAACUAGUUUUCAAACCUCGAGAUGAUAUGCUGACAUGGCCUAGCAAAAUCAUACUUCACUUCAAACCGCCCACAUUAAUUGAUCUAACAGACGAGCCAGCGUACUUUAGCGUUUCUCACACAAGUGAUGAGGAGUUCCAUCAUUACGAGUUGCCAUAUCCUACAUUGACCAAUUAUGUUCGUAUUGAGAUAGGAUCUAUGUACCUACAGAACAUGGAGACAGGGGGAUCAUUUACCCUAAUUGGUGGCUCCUGCCAUGAAGUCGAUACUAUUGAUCAGCACGAUGGGGAUAAUUUUGUUACUGUGCAGAACUGUAAUGACAGCGCCGAGUCUAUAGCAGGAUUUCCAUGGACACCGGGUUCUGAAAUAAUCCUUUCAUGUCCCGUCUGCGCUAACACUGACAACAUAGAAAUCAAACCAUCAAGGGAUAGGAGUGUAGACUACUCGAUGUAUUCCCCACCUUGUAUCGUAGCACGUUUAUUUUGCACAAAAAACGACUUGGAAUGUCGUGUACUGAUGUUACUGGGCGUUGAUGGGUUUUCUAUUAUGAAACUUCACCAAUUGCCUUCCAAGGUCAAGCCAAUCAAGAUCCUUUUUGGCGCAAUAGGCCCUGAGCACAAUCAAAAAGAAGCAAUGAUGCUAAUACCCAAAGGAUAUUACGCAGAUCAAGGCCAAUUAAAAACGAAAAUUGGAGAUUUUUCUUAUGGUUGGCUGGAGAAACCAGAAUUUGAUAUGUGCAAUGAAAGUGAUACAAAUGUGCUAGUCAAGUAUGGAAUAAAGUUCCCCAAGGCCAGUGAGGGAUGGGAGUGCCUGAUAAAAGAGAAAUGCCGAGGCAAUAACUGGUCAAUAGAUCUGCAAAAUGGGCAGUAUGAGGUUACAAUUUACGCUGGAAGUAGAUGUGGAGAGGAUGAUUUACAGGAAAUUUGUCUGCAAAUAAACCACAUACAUUCAAUCCACGAGUCGAUCCCGGCGAAAUCGCUGUAUAAGUACACUAGCAACGUAAAAAUAACAGACAAUUCACUAAUACUAAGUUCUUAUUGCAGAGAUUCUAACAUGCACACCACUGUACGAUCCAUUACUUUAACUCCCCAUAUCAGCACUAAUUAG